AGAGAGAGAGAGAGAGAGAGAGAUACACAGUGAAAGCUUCUAGUUCAAUCAAAUGAGACUACAUUCUGGUUUGUUUGUUUUUUUCUUGUCAAAGAAAAAUGAAUGGAUUUGAAAUUGAAAUGGAAAUAAUUGAGCUUCAAGAACACCAAACAGUGCGGUUUUGUUUCCAGUCUGGCAACGUAUCCUGCCCUAAAGAAAUCCGUCCAACAGCAAUCUAUGUAAUCUUGUAUAUUCUUUUGACUGGUGUGGUGAUGCUUACAGUGUGUGGAAACCUUGUGGUGAUAAUUUCCAUCUCUCAUUUCAAGCAGCUCCAUACACCAACCAACCUCCUUGUGCUUUCACUGGCUGUAACAGAUUUUCUUAUAGGAGUAAUUGUGAUGCCUUUCUACAUGAUUCAAUCCAUAGAAUCCUGUUGGUAUUUUGGUGACAUAUACUGCUCAAUGCACUCUAUAUUUAGUCUGUUGCUGACUUCAGUUUCUAUUAGUAAUUUGGUAUUUAUUGCUGUUGAUCGAUAUGUUGCUGUGUGUGACCCAUUACUUUACUCUACUAAAAUAACAAUUCCUAUAACGUGGUUGUUUGUUGCAGUGAGUUGGCUGUUUUCGCUAUUUUACACAAUGUUAAUAACUUACUUUAAUAAUGAUGCAGGACUAUAUUCUUGUCCUAGAGACUGUUUGACUGUAUUUGAUGCAACCUGGGGGUUAGUAGAUUUGGUAGUUACAUUUGUCUUGCCUUGUUCUGCAAUGGUUACUCUGUAUACAAAAGUGUUUAUAGUUGCAAAAAGGCAUGCAAGAGUAAUACAGCAAAUGAGUUCUGCUGAUGGAAGCAAAAGCAACAUACCUAAAAAGUCUGAAAGAAAGGCAGCAAAAACAUUGGGGCUUGUAGUGGCUAUCUUUCUUCUUUGCUGGGUACCAUACUACGUUUACACUGUUGUUGAGGCAUACAUACAUUUUACUUCUCCUCCAAUAGUGACAAAUGCUCUCACAUGGAUAGUUUAUUUUAACUCCUGCAUGAAUCCAAUAAUUUAUGCUUUGUUUUAUCCCUGGUUUAAGAAGUCACUGGAACUCAUACUAACAUUCAAGAUAUUUAAACCAGCAUCCUCUUUAAUAAAUCUGUUUCCAGGAAACCACUAAAAUUCACAUGUUCUAUUAGAUAAUUUGUGGAGAUAACUUUCAUACAGUUAUCAGAUUAUCUAAGACUAUGCACUGGAAACACAUAAGUGCAUUCCUGUAAAAGUUAUUUAAAGCAAGCCUGUGUUGAAUUGUUUUUUGGGGUUUUUUUAGCAGUAACUCCUGUUGCUUUGGUAACAAAACUAUUAACAGUUU